AUGGAUAAUAAGUUGCAGCCACGUGAUGAUAAUGAGACUAAAAUAUUAUCAAUUGAUGGUAGAAAAAUAAGAUUUGCUGAAACAACAAAUGAAACAUUUACUUAUUCAAUGUUCAUUCAAUAUUUUGUAAGUUCAGUAGCAAUAUGCUCAAGUGUUUUUCAAUUAACAUAUAUUAAUGUAUUAAGCAAGGAAUUUGUAUCAUUAAUUGCCUAUAUAAUGUGUAUGACUACACAAAUUUAUAUCUAUUGUAUUUGUGGAGAAAAUAUAUCAUCUGAGAGUGAUACAGUGACAUUUAGUCUUUACAAUUCUGAAUGGACAUCAUUAUCAAUAAAUGGAAAAAAAAGUUUAAUUAUAAUGAUGAUACGCAGCCUCAAACCUAUAAAAUAUACAUGUGGAUAUAUUAUAACACUUUCACUUGACGCUUUUACAAAUAUUCUAAAAUUAUCAUAUUCGAUAUUUAAU